CUCUUUCCACGCUCGCACCCAUGGCUCCAGCACUCCAGCACCAGCUAUAUCUGAAGCCAGUGCCCGCUGCUCUGGAGCCUGACCAAGGUUGAGUCUUCAUUUUUCCCCUCGCUUCUCCUCGAACAAGUGCGCUUCUGUCAGUUCGUUCCGAGGAAACAACUCGACACGACGGGUAUCUCUCCGAUCAGGCCUCCAUACUGCUCCAACAACCCCAUUGCUGUCACUUUUCCUCGAAUUCCGCCAUCGUUCCAGUUACAGCUUCUAUCCUCCCAUCGCUUUCAAGUCUCAAAGAGACAAAGAACCGCAGCCGCCCCCACAGUAGCGCGCACUGCCUACAACAACCCCGGCGCCCUUCAGACUAUACCCAUCACCCGCCACUCUACAGUCUCCAACCAAGCCCAAAAACAAUUCAAGAUGAAACUCUCAACACCAGCCCUCCUCCUCACAACCACCACCCUCACCAGCGCGCUCGCUCUCCCCCAAAUCCACCUCCACCGAUUGUCCACCACCGCCUCCCCGACCAGCACCAUCCCCCAGCUGCCCAUGCACACGACCGACCUCAUGGCCGGCAAAGCCUGGACGCCCGCCCCCACCCCCUCGUCGUCCUCGGCCCCAACUUCCGCGCCAACGAGCUCGACGAAACCCGGGGAGUGGAGGGAUUUAUGAUGCAGUCAUCACUCUGUAAGUAGAAACCUCUUGUAUUCGAAACGGAGCGGGAUCAUUUGGGAGGGGGGUUGCAUUCCCAAAUCCCCAAAUCAUCGCCUUUCCCAAUUCCCCAUCCAGCUUUCCCAGAAAUGCGGUCGCACGAAUGACGGAGAUGGCGCAUGUCAGCCUGGUGGAAAGCGAAAAGCGGUUGCCCUGCAUGGCGCUAACGGGGUCUGGACAGCUGUUUGACAGCGCACUUAUCGAUCUCGAACCGUUGGAAGUCCGAGGAGGCAGGAGAGGAGG